GCGUCUGCGCUUGGAACGAGUUUCCCUUUUUUUAAAUCUUUUGUUUUGAAGUGUGCAGGUUCUACUCUAUCCUAAUCUUAAGGUUAUUGUGUGUUAUCAAUGCAGACUACAAGGAUCGUAUUGACAGAGUACUGAUAUGUUGACUUUCAUUGCAGAAUGUGAUGAUGCUGCACCUGCAACGCGAGCGAGAUGACCACCUCCGCCAGAUUCAGUCUCAGCUGCUGCUGUUCGAGUCCCAGCUGCGCCGCCGCCAGAAGGAGGUGGAAGCGCUGAUGAAGCAGAAGGACGCGACCGUCCGGCAGCAGCAGCACGUGAUCGUGUCGCUCUCGCGGGCGCUCAACAACAGCCUGCGGGCGCGCCAGGCGUCCGAGUCCUCCCCGAAGGCCCCGAAGGAGGACGCCGCCAAGGAGGACGCGGGCAGGGGCGAGGCGGGCGAGGACGGCCCCGGGAAGGCCGAGAAGCCGUCCAGCCUGCUCUUCACGUCCACCAAGAGCGACCCCGAGAGCCUCAACGACAGCGACAGCGCCAUCAUGCUCGAGGACAACUUCGACUCCCUGGUCCUCAUCCCGAUGGGCAAGGGCGAGGUCAAGGUGGUGAGGAGCGUGUCGGACGCCGUGGAGGUGGCCAACAGGCCCUCCUGCUGCGCCGCCCCCGGCCAGGACAUCCUCGCCGCGCCCUCCCCCGGCGCCGCCACCGCCUCGCUCCUGAAGCCCGGCUACAGCGGCGGCACGGGCCCGGGCUCCCUCUCGACGUCGCCCUCCUGCUCCAGCGAGGAGAGCGACGACAGCCCCUCCUGCACGCUCACCAAGGGCCGCGCCGAGCUGCUGCGGACGGUGUACAGCUUGGACGAGGAGGAGGUCUGCCACGCCCACACGGAGCGCGACUCCUUGCUGGGCGACGCCUCCAGCGCCACGCCCUCCAUCGCGCCCUCCCUCCACUCCAUCCUCAAGUCGUCCUCCCACUACGACUCCGACGCCACCCUGAGCGACGGCGAGAGCGACGACGCGGACGACGACGACGAGGAGCUCCGGCCGCUCGACGACUCCUGCGGCGACAGGCGGCAGCUGCUGGGGUCGUACGAGAAGCUCAACACUCUGGCGGCGACGGCGCCCGCGAAGGCCCGGCUGGACGAGGAGAUCCAGGUGACGUACAACCGCGUCAUGAGCAACCACAGAUCCGUUACCAAGCCCAAAGACGUCAAGUACAGACGCAUCAACAAGGCCAAGUCGCGCUCCUUGGAGGAGCUGCGAGGCAAGCUAAAGUACUGGACGGACCGGGGGGGGAAGCAGUCGCUCUCGGUCGACCUCGACAGUCAGUCCUUCGCCUAGGCGAGGCCAGAGCAGACGCCAUUAUCUCCCAGAGAGAUAGAUGAUGUCUCCCUCUCUUAUCUAUGCGGGCAUCAGCGCUUCGACCGUGAGCGCCAGUAGUCGCCUGGGCGACGCUACUUACAUAUCGACCUGCUGAAGGACUUGCGUCAUGUUGGUAACGCCUCCACCUCGAGCACGCGUCGGCCGCUGAGCUUCCAUCGCGUCUCCAUUCAGCCAGUCUCUCCAGAUCCAUUCCAGAUCCAUUCCCGGCGGAGGUCCUCCCCCACAACGCGCUCGUUGUGCGGAGUCGAGGCCCGGCCCCAACACGCUCGGAUUUCUACUCGCCUCCAGUGUUACCAAACGUGGUGUUAGCCUAUGGUAUGUACAUACGUGAAGAAGGAAUGUGUACAUAGAGUGAUACAAAGGGAAACUGCGGCCCGAGAGAAGGCACGACUUCCUCGGCCCGCGUUGUGUGAGGUUGCAUCCCCCAGUUACGCGGUUCAGUGUGUGCGAAUCACGAUACGGAAAUCUCGAAUCGAUAUCACCAAUACCUUCGAGUGUGUUUCAUCUUUCUUUUUAAAAAAAGGAUUAAAUCAGACAAUUAAAGAAAAUAGAAGAAACCCACGGAAGUGAAGAAUCGCCACACCCUCAACACACCAACUUUUACAAUUGCUCUGUAUAAAGUCUGACAAGAAAUUGGGAGUGAAACGAAAUCCACUCCGACCUUUUCCCUCCGCUAGUCUGACGGUUUGCGAAGCCCGGCGCUCAGCUCGCCUCGCAGACUCGAAUCCACGAUACUCUUCUCAGUAUAGAAAUGUAUAUUUAUCUCUUUCUUCCUAUGGAGUGAUGUUAGUUUUUUUUUCUUUUUUUUUUCUCUUUUUUUUAUUAUCUGUGUGUGUGUGUAUUUUCACCCAUUCAGAAACGUGUCGAGUGGGUAGACUCGAUUAUUUCUCUAGUAGUCUUUUUCGAAAUUAGUCUCGAAACCAGCUAUGUCUUUGGCAGUGUUUUAGUGUGGCAUUUUUGAUCAGUUUUGAUCUGGCGAUUAUCUUUGUUUUACUAUUUAUGAUAAUGACAUAAUCUUAUGUCACAUUCCAAAGUGCACUUUCAGUACAUUUAAAAAAAAAAGUCAAUUAUUUUUAGGUAUAAUAAAUAUCUCUGGACAUCAUGCCACACCCAAAAUAAAAAAUGAAAAUCACAGAACCAACUCCUUCUAUCCAAGUAUAUAUCAACAGAUGCCAAGAUAUAUAUAUAAAACCUGCCAUCAGUGUAUUCCAUUGGGUGAUACAAGAUACCCCCCCUGUCUCCCAUCUCCCCACCUGCAAAAAAACGUUAUGAUCUGUAAAGAGUAUUUAGUUUUCUUCUUUUUUUAUUGCCUUCAUCACAGCUUCUUUUCCGCGCGUUUGUUUCUCUCUCCAGACUCUACAACACCUACAACGACUCUCCUUUAAAAAUAAAAAGCCUCCUUGGUUCCAGAAUACACACUGUUAUACAUAUACGAACAAAUCUGCCUUGAACUUCAUUUCCAAAAGCAUCCAUACAAUAGGUUCAUAGAGUCCACACAACAACAUGUGUAAUAUUUUUUUGACAUUGUGGCCCCAGUCUAUUCUUUCUGCUAUUACUGAAGCUUUAAAUGAAACUUUAAUUUAAAAAAAACAGUGUUAAUUAGAAUGUUCCUGUGGAUAUAUCCAUACUCUGUCAUGUAUGUAUUGUAAAUAUAGUAUUGAUAUUUGUGAUAUGUAAUAUAAUUAUAUGAGUA